UUUUAUCGAGAAAUGAUAAGAUCACAGGCCAUUCACAUUUAUGUGUAUUUGAAUUAUCAACAAAACGGUUAUACACCACUAUGUUUCCUAUAAUUAUGUGCUUAAUAAAUUAGUUUCGUGUGACAAUUUAAAAAUUUUGAAUUGGGUAUAAGUACUUUAACUAUGGUUUGUGCAGGUGUGGGUAAAGUAGUACUAUUCGUGUGGCUGAUUUCUGAGGUAUAUUAUGUUGAGGCAUUUCGGUGUAAUAAUGGAAAGUUAAUUGGAGACCAACAGUUUUGUGACCGAAUUGAUGACUGUGGAGAUUUGAGUGAUGAAACUUUCGGAUGUGAUUCUGAUAGCCCCCGCACAGGUUGGUUUCGUUGUGAACAAGACCACUACACGAUUGUUGUUAUACGCCAGCGCUGUGAUAUGAAGGCUGACUGUCAAGAUGGAUCCGAUGAGAGAAACUGCGCAGGUGACCAAAUAACGAUUGAAAACUGCACCAUACACAAUGGUAAAUACUUGUGCAAGGAUAGGUCAAGAUGUAUCGAUUUCGAAUACACAUGUGAUUUCAGACUUGAUUGUGAUGAUGGUUCCGAUGAAAAUCAGGAUAAUUGUGCAAAAUAUGAGUCAAGUUUCAAUUCAUGUGCGUCUUGUCCUCAUUUCUGUGUACCUACUCCUAAUGGACCCGAAUGCGCUUGUAAUUCAAGCACUUAUGAAUCAAGUGAAUUAUGCAAACAAAUUGAAGAUUGCACGCUUUCCGACACCAGAUGUGAUCAGUUUUGUUCUAAAUACCGUUCCAGAACUAAGUGCUUUUGUCAUGAAGAUUACUAUCUGGACGCCCAUAACGAAUGCCGAACCAAUGUUUCUUACGGAAAUAUUUUAAUUUAUUCAACGGCAACGAAAAUAAAAUCUUUGAAUAAAACUUCUGCCCAACUUCAAGUAUUACAACAUGGAGUCAACUGCACUGCUUUAACUGCUGCUAAUGAUUUUAUAUACUUUGCGACCUUCGAUAGUAAAAAUAGAAAAGGGCACGUAGUAAAAUCAUUGAUCCGUACAACGAAAUCAGAUGUCGUACUUGAGUCUGGUUCAUACGUUACAUCUAUUGCAGUGGAUUGGAUAACUAACAAUAUAUAUUUCACUACGAAUGAAUCAUUAUCAGUUUGUUCAAAUAAUGGUCGGAUAUGUGCUGAAAUUAAUGUCUGCAAAGUGGACUAUGUUGCAUUAGCUCCAGAGUUUGGAUGGAUGUAUUUCUCCCAACAAACCGAUUAUGUUGAUGAAAGAUUGAUCAUAAGAUCUAAUAUGGACGGAUCAGACCGUAGAAUUCUAACAGAUGGAAGCUACCAGUUUCCAGUAGUACUGGCAGUCGACGAAAUAACAGAAACUGUAUAUUGGCAUGAAACGAUAACAAUGAGGUUGCAUUUGACUUCCUUCCAGGGGACCAGGAAACAGGUAUUUGGGAAAUUAUUCGUUACGUUUAACGCAUUUGAAGGAUAUUUGUUUGGAAGUAUAGGCGACAAUGAAAUUUACAAGUCUAGAUGGAACACCCAUGCUCGGCCAAUAUAUCAUAAUGAUGGGAGUACCAAAACUGUGAAACUUAUUUUUGCUUAUAAUCCACUUCUGCUGCACGCUGGAAAAGUAAAAAAUCCUUGUGCAUUGGCAUCAUGCAAUGGUUUAUGCGUAUUAAGCAGCUCAUCAACGGCACGUGGCUUGAAUUACUCCUGUAUUUGUGAAAAUUUCACCCCUUCAAAUAGUAAUCGCUGGUGUCAACAUUCACCAUCAUCUGUUUCGGACUUUGGAUCACCAUUGAACCAUCAGUGUAACUUGGCACUUGAGAAGCCUGCUUUAGUUUCACCUGCAACUGAAUCUCAUCCGGCCACAAAAUUUCCUCAGAGUUUUGUUACGAAAAAAGAUGACGAGCUUCAAAUUCCAAUUGGUAAACCUACGAUUUCCACAAUAUUAUCGUUAGACCCGCGCGCAGAGAGCAUGUUGAGUAUUUUGGUCGUGGAAGGAGCAAUUUCUGUAAUUAUUUUGAGUAUUUUGACUGUCAUCUCGUCUUACACUUUUUACGUCAUUUAUCGAGAAUAUGUGAGAAAGCCUCAUAGGGAAGUAAAUGUAACUGAACUUAUGGACAUGUGAAGAAAUUUUUGAAAUUUAGUUGCUAUCAUCUUUACGUUAUGAUAGGUACAUAUAAGAUGUCUGAAUAAUGCAACUGUCUAAAAUUAGAAGUAGGUGUAAAUCCAAUAGCUAUACCUAUCAUUUACGUAUGUAAUCAUGAGCAUGUACUUAGGUCACUUUAACUCUCAGACACAGCCAAUACAUUCUUGUCUACUGUAAUCAAAAUGUUUGAUUAUAAGUACUUAUUAGCAAUAAAAAUAGGAAGUAUU